AUGGAAGCUGCUCCAGACAUCGCCGACAACCUCCUUCUUGCCCUCGCGGAUAGCCCAGAAAGCGAUUGCCAGCCGUCAGACGAGCGGCACCGAGCUAACACACUACGCCCAGUCUUGAGAACGCUGAAGUCUGGCAUCGAGAAGGCAGAGCAGGAACCGAACCCGCCCAACAUAGCACGUCCCAGACAGGACCUUCCACUGCGCCCUGGCUCAGCCAGACGAGCUCCGCGUCGUGAAUCUGCUCUCAAGCAGCAGGUCGGCCAUCUUGUUGGUAACGACAAUGAUCACUUCGAGAACGCCCUUCUGAGGCCUAUUUUACCACAACCCGAACUUCCCAGACAGCGGGUCGGACAUCUUGCUGGCAAUGACGGUGGCGAGCGGUCGCCGGUUGGGAAUUCGGGUGGAAGUCCAGGCGAGAAGCCUAAUUUGAGUGGCAACAACAAUGACAACGCUGAGGAGCCGAAUCCGCUCAACAUAGUGUGUCUAGGACCACAGAUCGGCCAUCUUGCUGGCAACGACGACGACGAGGUUGAGAUUGCCCUUUUGAGACCUGUUCCACCGCAGGCCGAACUUCCGCGGAUGCAGCCGGAUGGGGACCCGGGUGAAAGAUCAGACGAGAGAAGGGAGGAAACGCAACAUGAGAGGUGA